AUAAAUUCUUUGAAGGUAGGGCCAGUGUCUUGCUCUGCGUUCCUCUUCUGAAGGGAAAAGUGUUUUAGCACAACAUUCUUUCUGUGUCCCUUUGAGCUCUCAUUGUCUAUGAGGCUAUGAGUCUACUGAGCCCUCAUCACACACAUGCAGUCAUACACCCUAAACUGGACCCAGGUAACAGAGUUUGUCAUGGUGGGUUUUGCUGGGGUGCAUGAAGCACGUCUCUUCUUCUUCUUGCUGUUCCUCACCAUGUACUUGUUCACCUUGGCAGAGAACUUGGCCAUCAUCUUAGUGGUGGGCUUGGAGCACCGGCUAUGGAGACCCAUGUACUUCUUCCUGACACAUUUGUCCUGCCUUGAGAUCUUGUAUACCUCAGUCACGGUGCCCAAGAUGCUGGCGGGUUUUAUUGGUGUGGAUGGGGGCAAGAAUAUCUCCUUUGCUGGCUGCCUGGCCCAACUCUUCAUUUUCACCUUCCUUGGGGCAACUGAGUGUUUCCUAUUGGCUGCCAUGGCCUAUGACCGCUAUGUGGCCAUUUGUAUGCCUCUGCACUAUGGGGCCUUGGUGUCCUGGGGCACCUGUAUCCGCCUGGCAGUUGCUUGCUGGCUGGUAGGCUUCCUCACACCCAUUUUGCCUAUCUAUCUCAUGUCUCAACUGACAUUUUGUGGCCCCAAUAUUGUUGACCACUUCUUCUGUGAUGCCUCACCCCUGCUAGCCUUGUCCUGCUCGGAUGUCACCCUGAAAGAGACUGUGGAUUUCCUGGUGUCUCUGACUGUGCUCCUGGUCUCCUCCACAGUCAUCGCUGUGUCUUAUGGCAACAUUGUGUGGACGCUGCUGCACAUUCGCUCAGCAGCUGAGCGCUGGAAGGCCUUCUCCACAUGCGCAGCUCACUUGACUGUGGUGAGCCUCUUCUAUGGUACUCUUUUCUUCAUGUACGUCCGGACCAAGGUGGCCUCCUCCAUCAACUUCAACAAGGUGGUGUCUGUCUUCUACUCCAUUGUUACACCAAUGCUCAACCCACUCAUCUACAGUCUGCGGAACAAGGAGGUGAAGGGAGCCUUGGGCCGAGCCUUUUCCUUCAAGUCUUGGAAGAGGCAGUGA